CCCGGGCCUCCGCAGGUCGCGUUAUGGGUGACAGUGACGACGAGUACGAUCGAAGGCGCAGGGACAAGUUUCGGAGAGAGCGCAGCGACUAUGACCGUUCUCGGGAAAGAGACGAAAGACGGCGAGGGGACGAUUGGAAUGACCGCGAGUGGGACCGAGGCCGGGAGCGCCGGAGUCGUGGUGAAUACCGUGAUUAUGACCGGAAUCGGCGAGAACGCUUCUCUCCACCCCGUCAUGAGCUCAGCCCUCCACAGAAGCGCAUGAGGAGAGACUGGGAUGAGCACAGUUCUGACCCAUACCACAGUGGCUAUGAGAUGCCCUAUGCUGGGGGGGGUGGGGGCCCAACUUAUGGCCCCCCUCAGCCCUGGGGCCACCCAGACGUCCACAUCAUGCAGCAUCAUGUCCUGCCUAUUCAGGCCAGGCUGGGCAGCAUCGCAGAGAUUGAUUUGGGUGUGCCGCCGCCCAUCAUGAAGACCUUCAAGGAGUUCCUUCUGUCCUUGGACGACUCUGUGGAUGAGACGGAGGCCGUUAAACGCUAUAAUGACUACAAGCUGGAUUUCCGGAGGCAGCAGAUGCAGGAUUUCUUCCUGGCACAUAAAGAUGAGGAGUGGUUUCGGUCUAAGUACCACCCAGAUGAGGUGGGAAAGCGUCGGCAGGAGGCCCGUGGGGGCUUGCAAAACCGACUGAGGGUGUUCUUGUCUCUCAUGGAGAGUGGCUGGUUCGAUAACCUUCUCCUGGACAUAGACAAAGCGGAUGCCAUUGUCAAGAUGCUGGAUGCUGCUGUGAUUAAGAUGGAAGGAGGCACUGAGAAUGACUUGCGCAUCCUGGAGCACGAGGAGGAGGAGGAACAAGCUGGAAAGCCGGGGGAACCCAGCAAGAAGGAGGAAGGCUGGGCUGGGCCAGGCCUGGGGGACGGAGAAGGGAAAGUCAACGACAAGGAUGACAAGAAAGAAGACGGCAAACAGGCUGAGAAUGACAGUUCUAAUGAUGACAAAACUAAGAAACCUGAGGGUGAUGGGGACAAGGAAGAGAAGAAGGAAGACUCUGAGAAAGAAGCCAAAAAGAGCAGCAAGAAGCGGAACCGAAAACAGAGUGGUGAUGACAGCUUUGAUGAAGGCAGUGUAUCGGAGUCGGAGUCGGAGUCUGAAGGCGGCCAGGCUGAGGAGAAGGAGGAGGAGGCUGAAGAUCCACUCAAGGAGAAGGAGAAGCCCAAGGAGGAGGAAAGGGAGAAGGCCAAGGAGGCUCCAGGGAUGGAGUGUAAACCCCGACCCUUGCACAAGACUUGCUCUCUCUUCAUGCGCAACAUCGCCCCCAAUAUCUCUCGGGCUGAGAUCAUAUCUCUCUGUAAAAGAUACCCAGGCUUCAUGCGUGUGGCGCUCUCGGAGCCCCAGCCAGAGAGGAGAUUUUUCCGCCGCGGCUGGGUGACCUUUGACCGCAGUGUCAAUAUCAAAGAGAUCUGUUGGAACCUGCAGAACAUCCGACUUCGGGAGUGUGAGCUGAGCCCUGGCGUCAACAGAGAUCUGACCCGUCGCGUCCGCAAUAUCAAUGGCAUCACCCAGCACAAGCAGAUCGUGCGCAACGACAUUAAGCUGGCAGCCAAGCUGAUCCACACACUGGAUGACAGGACCCAGCUUUGGGCCGCAGAGCCUGGAACACCUCCUCGGUCAACAAGUCUGCCUUCGCAGAACCCAAUCUUAAAGAAUAUCACUGACUACCUGAUCGAAGAAGUGAGUGCUGAGGAGGAGGAGCUCCUGGGGAGCAGUGGAGGUCCCCCCCCUGAGGAGCCCCCAAAGGAAGGGAAUCCGGCCGAAAUCAAUGUGGAGCGGGAUGAGAAGCUGAUCAAGGUUCUGGACAAGCUCCUCCUCUAUUUACGCAUCGUGCAUUCCCUGGAUUACUAUAACACGUGUGAAUACCCCAACGAGGAUGAGAUGCCCAACCGCUGUGGCAUCAUCCAUGUCCGGGGCCCCAUGCCCCCCAAUCGCAUUAGUCAUGGAGAAGUACUCGAGUGGCAGAAGACGUUUGAGGAGAAGCUGACGCCGUUACUGAGUGUGCGCGAGUCACUUUCAGAGGAAGAGGCCCAGAAGAUGGGGCGCAAAGACCCCGAGCAGGAAGUGGAGAAAUUCGUCACCUCUAACACCCAGGAGCUGGGCAAGGAUAAGUGGCUAUGCCCACUCAGUGGCAAGAAAUUCAAGGGCCCUGAAUUUGUCCGCAAACAUAUCUUCAACAAGCAUGCAGAGAAAAUUGAGGAAGUGAAGAAAGAGGUGGCAUUUUUUAACAAUUUCCUCACUGAUGCCAAGCGCCCAGCUCUGCCUGAGAUCAAGCCGGUUCAGCCCCCUGGCCCUGCCCAGAGCCUGACUCCAGGACUCCCCUACCCACACCAGACGCCCCAAGGCCUGAUGCCCUACGGUCAGCCGCGGCCUCCCAUUUUAGGUUAUGGAGCUGGUGCUGUCCGCCCCGCAGUCCCCACAGGAGGGCCUCCAUACCCCCAUGCCCCAUAUGGUGCUGGCCGAGGGAACUAUGAUGCCUUUCGAGGUCAAGGGGGUUAUCCUGGGAAACCCCGCAACAGAAUGGUUCGUGGAGAUCCAAGGGCCAUUGUGGAGUAUCGUGACCUGGAUGCUCCUGAUGAUGUGGACUUUUUCUGAUCCAUCAAUUUUUCCUCACUCCUGGUAUCAUCUAUACUUGUGACUGCCUUGCCCUAUACAGCUCUGAGAACUUUUUGUAUGUUCAGCCCUACUGCCAAUAAAAGCACUUCCCCAG